AUGCAGCUGGAGACGGCGCUGGACGUGCUGCACCGCUCUGCCCCGGUGGGGGCGGAGGCGGCCGCGGCUGAGUACCACUUCAAGCUGGGCAGGAUCUACUGGUCUCUUGGCGGCGAGCUGCGCCGCGACCGCGACUUCGCACACGCCCAGUUCCUGGAGGCAGCCGGCGAGGAGGACACGCCGUGGCAGGCCCCCGCGUUCGAGUGGCUCGGCCACUGGUACCGCUCCGUCGCCGGCGACGCGGCGCGUGCCCGCAAGUGCUACUCGCGCGCCCUGGCGCUCGACCCGAGCCUGGCCGGCGCCGGCGACGCGCUGUGCGCGCUGUUGCUAGGAGAGCCUCUGCCCGACGACGACACGCAGGGGCAGGACGACGGCCAGCCGCCGCAGCAGCCAUCGCGGGCAGCUUCCGAGCAGCUUCCUGCCUCCGCGUUCGCGCUGACGGCGGCGCUGCCACCGCCACCAGCCAAGGCGGGGGACGCUGAGCUGGCACGUGCGGUGUGCGAGGAGGCGCUGGCGGCGCAGCCCCAGGGGGCGCUGUGGGCGCGCGCGCGGCUGGCGCGGCUGCAGCUGGACGCUCGCGAGUGCGCGGCGGCGGCGGCGUCGUACCAGGCCGCGAUCCGCGCGGCGCCGGCGGACGCGGCGCUGUGGGAGGGGCUGGGGGCGGCGUACCAGGCCCUUGGCCGCCACAGCUCCGCCCUGAAGGCCUAUGAGAGGGCCCUGGAGCUGGCCCCUGAGCGCCUGUUCAGCCUGGCGCAGGCGGGGGCGCUGCUGUACAUGGCGGGACGCCACGCUGACUCAGCAGACAG